AUGACUCCAAACUAUUAUAACAAAUACCUUCGUACUUCAUCAACAUCAAGCACUUUAGCCUCGCAACAAGAUACACAUUAUCAUGCUUCAAUCUUGGAGAAUAACGACUCCCUAGUCUCACAACAAAAUACACAGCCAACUUUAAACAUUCCAGCCUCACAAAAUAAUAUAACAAAAACUCUUUCUUCAGGCACUUCAGCUUCACAACAAAAUACAAGUCAUUAUAUCCUAACUUUGGAGGGGAGAGUGUAUGGCCUUUGGGCACUAGAUUUCACCAAAAUAAUUGAUGAUAAUAAGAGUAAUGUACCUGUUCGUAGCAUAACUAGAAAUAUGCCUAUGGAACCUAUCAAUUAUUCUCACGAAGACCAAGAGAAGAAGUUGAAUGGUGAAAAGAGAAAACUCGCUUUUGGCAAAAAUGGCAUAGUAUUGUUAUUGAGCAGAUUAAGUAUUUGUGAUAAU